CCAACUCCGAGCCCCGAGUUUGUAGAUGGGGCUGCUUCGCGGCGCCUGCGGCUGACCGAGACCAGCAGCGGCGGGCGGAGGGGAGCGGAGCGGCAGCGGCGGAGGCGCGGAGGCGGCCGUGGUGCGAGCCGCAAUGCAGCAAGUGUUGGAUAACCUUACGGAGCUGCCCUCAUCUACAGGAGCAGAAGAAAUAGACCUAAUUUUCCUCAAGGGGAUUAUGGAGAAUCCCAUUGUAAAAUCACUUGCUAAGGCUCAUGAGAGGCUAGAAGAUUCAAAACUGGAAGCUGUUAGUGACAAUAACUUGGAAUUAGUCAAUGAAAUUCUUGAGGAUAUCACUCCUCUAGUCAAUGUGGAUGAAAACGUGGCAGAACUGGUUGGUAUACUCAAAGAGCCUCACUUCCAGUCACUCUUGGAGGCCCAUGACAUUGUAGCGUCAAAGUGUUAUGAUUCACCUCCGUCAAGUCCAGAAAUGAAUAAUUCUGUCAAUAAUCAGUUAUUACCAGUAGAUGCCAUUCGUAUUCUUGGUAUUCACAAAAGAGCUGGGGAGCCAUUGGGUGUAACAUUUAGGGUUGAAAAUAAUGACCUGGUAAUCGCCCGAAUCCUUCAUGGAGGCAUGAUAGAUCGACAGGGUCUGCUUCACGUGGGAGAUAUCAUUAAGGAAGUCAAUGGCCAUGAGGUUGGGAACAAUCCAAAGGAGUUACAAGAGUUACUGAAGAACAUUAGUGGAAGCGUCACUCUGAAAAUUUUACCAAGCUAUAGAGAUACCAUCACUCCUCAACAGAGUUGCAUCAAAACGGAGAGGCAGCCAGCACACACCCAUCAGGUAUUUGUGAAGUGUCAUUUUGAUUAUAAUCCAUACAAUGAUAACCUAAUACCCUGCAAAGAAGCAGGAUUGAAGUUUUCAAAAGGAGAAAUUCUUCAGAUUGUAAACAGAGAAGACCCAAACUGGUGGCAGGCUAGCCAUGUAAAAGAGGGAGGAAGCGCUGGUCUCAUUCCAAGCCAGUUCCUGGAAGAGAAGAGAAAGGCAUUUGUUAGAAGAGACUGGGACAGUUCAGGACCUUUUUGUGGAACCAUAAGUAGCAAAAAAAAGAAAAAGAUGAUGUACCUUACAACCAGAAAUGCAGAAUUUGAUCGUCAUGAGAUCCAGAUCUAUGAGGAGGUAGCCAAAAUGCCUCCCUUCCAGAGAAAGACGUUAGUACUAAUAGGAGCUCAAGGUGUGGGACGAAGAAGCUUGAAAAACAGGUUCAUAGUGUUGAAUCCCACUAGAUUUGGAACUACAGUGCCAUUUACUUCACGGAAACCAAGGGAAGAUGAAAAAGAUGGCCAGGCUUAUAAAUUUGUGUCACGUUCUGAGAUGGAAGCAGAUAUUAAAGCUGGAAAAUAUUUGGAACAUGGGGAAUAUGAAGGAAAUCUCUAUGGAACCAAGAUUGAUUCUAUUCUUGAGGUGGUUCAAACUGGACGAACUUGCAUUUUGGAUGUCAACCCACAAGCCCUGAAAGUACUGAGGACGUCGGAGUUCAUGCCCUACGUGGUGUUCAUUGCUGCUCCAGAGCUAGAGACUCUACGCGCCAUGCACAAGGCCGUAGUGGAUGCUGGCAUCACCACCAAGCUUCUGACGGACUCUGACUUGAAGAAAACAGUGGAUGAAAGUGCACGGAUUCAAAGAGCAUACAACCACUAUUUUGACUUGAUCAUCGUAAACGACAAUCUAGACAAAGCCUUUGAGAAGCUACAAACUGCCAUAGAGAAACUGAGAAUGGAGCCCCAGUGGGUCCCCAUCAGCUGGGUCUACUGAUGACUCGAUAAGGUUCACAAUUAAAAUCCAACUUUUAGAAAGUGAUUAUUACCACAAUUAAACCUUCGACUGAGAAUAUAUGUGCGCAGGUGGAAGACGCCUGCCACGUCUAGGCAUUUUUACUGCGUGGGUUGAAAUACCAGUACACCAUUCUGGAUUUUUACAGAAAAUGGGAUUGGGAAGGUGUACUAAUAUAUAAUUUAUCUUAAUUUUUCUAACUUUUUAUGGACAAUCUAUUCAUACCACAUAAAGAAAUGCGUUGAAGCAUUUUGUACGUUUUGUUUUAGUACCCUUGCCUUUUUCAUCAGGAAUUUUCAACUCAUUCAUUGGAACAUUAGUCUCACAUUUUCACUGUGAUGAUAAAUACUUGAAAUAGUUUUGUAAAGUUGUCAUUUGGUCCAAUAUUUAACUAAUGAAAGGAGAAAAUAGUCAUUGGCCUUCUUUCCUAGUCCUGUUUCUUACAGAGGCAGAACUUCGGUGUCAGUGCUGUGGCGAGUCCGUGACCAUCCGAGUCUGACACCGGAAGUCUGCUCGAUGCUACAUGGUUUUGUCACUUCAGAGAUGUCUGGCUCUCCGCCCUGAUUUAUACAGACGCGUUGGCGUUUUCCCCCUUCAUUUCCAGCUGUAGUGAAAAAAAGGAAGAGCAGUACCUGGCACUCUCAUCUGUUGCAAAGACAGGCCGACACUGAGUUAACGUGCACGCAGCAAGCACGUCACGGCGGGGCAGGCUCAGAGAGUGCCUUCCGCAGAACCUUACAGCGGCGUGGCACAGUGCACUGCUUUCCACAGGCAAACAUUGAACUGAGAAAAAUGAACCCGCUUCUUUAGGCAGUUUUUUGGUAGGAUAUGGUCAGCAACUGUAUUAUGCUUCUGCAUAUUUCUGUGAUGCUUAGAAAUGCCUCUGAGUUUGCAGUCUGAAAGAGUUGGUGAACAGUCAGUGUGCUGUUUGAAGGGCGACGUGAUCAUCAAGGUGUUUGUUAGAUUCGUUGUGCUGAGAACCCAGUCCACUGGAUGAUUUUUAAAAUUUGGAAGUAACUGUCAGCUGUUUUAUCUAUAUAUAACGUGUACAUUAUAUAAUAUGUACAUUUGUAUAUAUUAUAUAAUAUAUAUUAAAUCAUAUUUUUUGGUACAUUUCUGUAAGGAAAUGCACUUUUUUGUUUAAUGAUUAGGGAAACAGUUCUCUAGAUGUGUUAAUAUGUACACAUUUCCAAAAUUCACCUUAGCUAAUACCUUCCUUUAGGAUUCUCGGAUGGUAUAAUUUCUUGCUAAAAUGUACUCAGAUGCAGCUCAUCAUUAAACUAAGCCAGCCACAUUUUAUAUUGUUGCUAGAGCUUUUCACAGAAACAGUACUCACAUGUAGAGGGCUAGGUGCUUAAACGUUGGUGGUUGUCUUUGUCAGGUGGCAGGCACCUGGCUGCUGAAUUUGUUUCCCCUCACCAGAGCUGUCGCAGGGAAUGCCAGCGAGGUGCUGGAGGGGGGAAGAAGCGGCUGGCAGUGAGGAGUGAGCACCCUUUGUUUAAAUAAUUUCACAAGGAAACAACUCUCAAGCUGCCGUAUUAAGAUUGAAAGUCCAUAGGUAUUUUUUAAUUCCAGAUUUCAUAUCCAGAACACAAAUUCACGUUCUUUGUCCUAGGAUAGGAAAUUGGUGGCAAAAUGGAUCACACUAUUUUAAUAACUUUGGUACCUUUUAAACCUCAUAUAUUUACAUCACAGUAUUGGCUUCUCAGAGCAACAUGAGUCAAAGCACAGUCCUGAGGCAAUGUCCUGUGACUUAGUGCUUCAACGCACUGUAAAUGUUAAGAGAAAUUCCAUUUCCACAUCCUCUGGUGUGCCUUCAUCUUUGAACAACUUUGGGAUUCUUGGAGACAAACACUUUGGAUUUGUGAACAGACAGUUUAUCCACAAAUUAUUUCAACUGUCUUGGCAAAUAGAGAUAAUUUCUACAUCAAAUGUAUUUUUAGCUGUAUCAGGUGGUAUAAAAAUGCAUAUUAUUUAGAAAACAGUCAAUACAUAAAGGAGUUAUUUCUAUUAUAAAUGGUACUCAUCACUAACUAUUUAGUUAAUACAUACUAGAUCCCUCCUAAUAUGAAAUAAAAUGAUGUCGUUAAGUUCAUUUCAGACUAGAUGCCAGAACUGAAGAAAAUACAAUUAGAAAGUGACUUCAUUGUAUCUCAAUAAGUAGUCAUUGAACCUGAAACUCAAGUCCCAUCUGAGUCUUUGGGAACCAGCAGAGCUCUGCUGGUCAGGGAGUCCCAGUGGCCCCAGGGUUCUCCCACAGCAGUGAGAGAGCACCACUGUGAUCAAGGGCUUCUGUUGUGGAAGAGGGCUCAGGUAAUUAGCUUUACCGACGAGAGCAUGGUUUAAAGUAAUGUUUAAUAAUUGGUAAUAGUUACAGUACACACACAUGUGCUCUUGCUUUGGGGAAACAUGAUGUGCCAUUCCUUUUGGGCAGGUGAGUAUCUGCAUUCGGAUUCAGGGCAUGACUAUUUAUGUACAACUAAAUAUAUAUAUAUAUAUUUUCAAAUGUACAAAUACCCAGAGGUGAUAUCUCUGGGUAAGUAAUUUAACGUUAACUAGUGGAAUACCAGGUCUGUCCAGAAAAAGUCCAGCCAUUGUUAACCUAAUGAGAACAGUUUGUGCAACAUCAAUGUAAUCUGGCAGCUAAGGAGAGUGGACUGAAAUGUGCAUGAGGAGCAAUGUCAACUUCACUGUAACAGUCAGUGAGGGCGGUAGACACUGUUGAGUGAGCAUGUGUACUGUGUGGCCACCACAUUCAAAAUGAGCAAGUACAACGAUGAACCUGCAUCAAAUUUUGCGUUAAACUUGAACAUUCCUCCACAGAAACUAUUUGAAUGAUUCAGAAGCCCACAGCUGUGGGCAGCUGUGAUUGGCAGCUUCAUCACAACAACGCAGCCACUCACACAUCACAUUUCAUGAAGAGGUUUUUGGUGAAACAUCAGAUCACCCAAGUGACUCAGCCCCCCAUAGCCCAGAUGUGGCAUCCCGCAACUACUGGCUUUUCCCAAAACUAAAAUCGCCUUUGAAAGGGAAGAGAUUUCAGACCAUCAAUGAGAGUCAGGAAAAUAUGACGGGGCAGCUGAUGGCGAUUGGGAGAACUGUGUGAGGUCCCAAGGUGCCUGCUUUGAAGGGGACUGAGGCAUCAUUGUCCUAUGUACAGUGUUUCUUUCAUCUUGUAUCUUCUUCAAUAAAUGUCUCUAUUUUUCAUAUUCCAUGGCGGAUACCUUCUGGACAGACCUUGUAUAUGUGAAGUGCUGUAAGUAGAAUUUCACCUUCAUUAUAGCCAUGCCUGAUUUUGCUGUCUCUGUUUCUAUAUGAUGCUUGGGUAAUAAUAUCAAAUAUCCAAUAUUUCAAGACUUGAUUUAGUUUUGCCAACUUUAACUAUACAAUCGCUGAACAUAGCUUACUGAAAAAUCAUUAUCAUAAACCCAAAGUGACUACACCUAUAGUAACUUGAACCCCAGAUUCGAAGCUAGUAAAACUUAUUUGUAAUUGCUUAUAAGGACAAGUUUUCCUUAAAAAAGAAAAUUGAUUAUUAGUACAAAUUGAGGAAAUGCAAACUAGCAAAAAAAUACAAUAAUAUGGCAUUAUAGAUUAUGGCCAGUUCCAGAUACUUUGACCAUAAUAUCCCAGUGACAAAAGGUGAUCUUUAAAAACUUAUUAAAUUGGUAUUUAUUUUUUAUGUAUAACAAGUGUCAUGAUCAUGAUUGGGCUUGAUUCUCAAGAUGGAUAGCCAUGGGGUUAGGUGUAAUUAUUUUGAAUUGCUAAAGUUUGAAAAUUGGUCAAAAUAAUGAUCUGCUUACAUUAUGCUUUUACAACUUCUGAAACAACACUCCGAAUUCCAGAAAUCACAGGCUAGAGAGCCAGUAAUUUUGUAGUAAUGAGCCUUUAUACUAAAUAUAGAAAAAGCAAUCCCAAAAUUUUAUGUAUAUAGACAACAGGUCAUUUUUUAAAUGUUUGAGUCACCGUAUAUAUAAUAUAUAUAUAAGCUAUGUGUAUAAUAUGUAAAAUUCUUCCAAAAUACAUGAACAAUAAAACUAAAUAUAUUCACCCAUAUAAUUAUAACUAGUGUUCUUAAAUUUUACUUUCUAAAUGUCUUUUAAUUCAACUUUUUAAAUUUUUAAUUACUCCCCAAUUCUUGUACAUUCUGGAACUUUUUUCACAUUGUUCAAAAGGGCUUUAGUUUUUGCCUUGAGUCAGAUACUAAUCUCCUUUUUGAUAAAUGACGUAUUAAGCCCAUAAAAUUAUCAUUAUAACUUAAUUUCCUUAAGGAAAAAAGGAGAGUCCUGGGUGAAAACCUCUUGGGAAAUGCUUAUUUAAGCCUUCCAAUGAAUUGGUGAUACGGUUCAGGCUUAAAGAUUGUGGUGCCUGCUCUCCUCUUGUUUCAAAGGAUGUGCUGUGAGAAUCCAUGUAAUAACAUCUGUGAUGUACUUUGAGUUCUCCGGACAAAUGCAGUAUUUUAAAUGAUAUGAUUAUUUUAUAGAGUACAAGUGAAUAUUAUUUAUAGGCUUAAGAAUACCAUUGACUAGUAAUUCACCAUCAUAUCAGUUUUUAUGUAAAUAUAUAUUGUAUUCCUGAGGAAGAUAACAAUUCUAUAAUUUUUUAAGGUAAGAUUAUUUUUAAAUGUGUUUUUGUUAGCUUCAAGUUUUAUUCAUUUAAAAAAUAUUUCCCAUAAGUUGUCAUGUUACUUUCUGUGUUCCUGGAAUGAUUUAGUGCACAGAAUCAAAAAUGAGUCCUUAGUCCACCAGAAAGUAAAGGAAGCGAUGAUACCGAAUUUCUGAGGUAAGAAUUUAAAAGCCUAGUUUGCACUUCUGCAAUGCACUGCACUGCUUUCUUUAAAAUAGUCUCCCUUUUGGUAAAAACAGAGAUGAUAUGCUCUGGCUGAGAUAGAAUUCUGACCAUGUGACCUUUGGCAAAACGUGUAUAUCUCUUUACUUUUAAUAUUCCAUUUGUUAAAUAAGGCUACCUUAACAUUUGUCUUCAGCUUAAAGUACGAGAAGUAAUUUGGAACUCUGAUGUGGUACAUGCUGAACUACAAAGUCUUGAUUACGCUACUUUAUCUGUUUAUUGUAUGUAUGUGCUUACAUUGAGGUUAAUUAUCUUUAGUUCUUUUCAAGUGUACGUCUUUCAGAGGUAACAGUGAAUGGUGCACAGCAUUCAGGACUCUUAUCUCCAUGUUGGGCCCUGAGGACGCAGUUCCCGCCUGGAAGAUGGUCGGUUUCGCUCUCUUAGUGGCUCUGGGCAAAUGGUCCAUUUCGGUUUGAAUCCCAUUCCAGGUCCAACCAGGCCGCGCACAGGUCAAACUAAGUAAGCAAUCCAGUGCUCUAUUACAUCAGCAGGCACCCUGAUCUUUGCCCCGUAAAGCGGCCCUACCCUGUUAUUAGAGCCUGAGAUUGAUCACGGCAGCCCAUACUGUCUAACUGAUAGUAUUGUAUAAAGUUUAAACGGUGUCUGUUUCUGGUGGACCUCUAAUCGGAAUGCUUUCUACAUUCUCCUUCUGAUUGACCCAUGGCUGCUGGCUGGCUGAGGAUGCGGUGUUGUGAUGGUCGGUCUAGCCUGCCUCCACACACCAGAGUCAGCUGGAAAGGACACCCCGCUCUCUUGCUCUUUUUUUUUUUAACUGCUAGCUUUUACGUUUUCUAAUCUCCAGCACAAACUGAAUGACCACAUCUACAGCUAACGUAAAUGCUGCGUAUAACUUGAGAGAUGGAAUCACUGAAUGCUUGUAAACCUGUCUUGAGUCCCACCAAAUAGGCUACAUAGAGCAGAAGCCCAAAGGUCUUAUUUUGAAAGUUGGGAAUUGAGGUCUUUAUUGUACUUCCGAAACAGCAAGCCCUGGGUGGAAACAUAAAUCUGACAGGCCAUACCAGAAAUCUUGCUUUCCUCAUCCCAGUCAAGGUGACCUGGGAGCUUGGAGGAAGAGGAAAAAUGCACAACAUUAAAAACUCCUCAGCUGGAAGUUCCCAGCAUUAAACCCGAGGUCAUGUAAAAUAUGUGGUUUUCCUCUUUAAAUAGGAGAGACAGGCAGCAGCGUAAGUCACAUUGCUCAGAACACGGGAAGGUUGCUCUGGUGAAUGCGGUCCAAGUGAGGAAUGCCAUGUCUUUUCAGAUAGAGCCAGACUGGAGGACCAGCUCAUUUCCAUCUGUGGUGGAAAUGCAAGAUGAGUGUUUCCUUUGGCUGUAUGCUGUCUCACAAAGGGCUCCUGUCUCUUCGGUAGCAUUGACUGUCAGGGAAGUGGUAUCUUGGACUUGGCUGUAGAUGAGUGGGCACUAGGGUUUGGCAACUAUUGUCAUUUUCUGCAUAAUGUGUUAAGCUCUGUUAGAGGCUGUGAUGAGUAUUUGUUGUAAAAUCCUUGCUUCAGGGGACUUUUUUUUCCCUCCAUUUCAUUUUGGUACAUCUUUAUUUUGAGCACAAAUGCAUGCUCUUUUUAACCUCUAUGAAAUGAUUGUAGAAUUUUUUUAAUGGAGGACAAAAUCUUGUUAGCAACCUAAAAAUCAAAGCUGAACAAGCUGCUGAAGUAAGUUUCUGAUGAAAAAUAUUUAAAAAUAAAAAUUGCUUCUGCUUUCCAAGUAAUUGUAUUGCUAAUUCCUGUGUAAAAGAAACUAUCCUUGUAUAAAUAAAGUUUUCCUGUAGUA